UAUAUAGUGCGGUUGGCAACUUCUCCCCUUGUUCCGAUCUCCGUUUUAUCGCUUUCGACCUUCACGGCUUUGCACUUGAUGCAAUAAUUGCCACGAAAAGUACAAAGAAGUCAAAUUGUGCCAUUUCAGAAGGUGCAGUGUGAAACAGCAGAGUUUGAGUCCACCUGAAGUGAAGUUAUCGCUUCGUGGCCCUGUGGUUUCCCAGUUCAAGUGAGGCCGCCUUCCAGGUCGCCUUCCCGUUUCAAACUUCAAACCUCAACAAUCGCGUCUGUUGGUAUCCUUCACCUUCUCGACACCCAACACCAAAUCUCACUCUCAUCUCGGACAUUCCCUCUAUCUUGCAAAUACUGCCUCGAACAGUUCUGUGUCUCAAACUGUUCUGCAAAAGAAGACCCCGCGUUCUAUCCUAGCGAUGGAAGGCCAACAGGGCAUCAAGCGAAAGGCUGAGGCUUCGCCAGAACGAACGGGUCGCGCAAUGACCAGUAAAUUGAUCAAAGAGAAUGAGGUCGACAGUAUAGAAGAUAUAACUACAUCCACCUCGACAAGCACACUUUCAUCUGAUUCACCCAAAUCUGACCAUAGUGCCAACACCAGCGUCAGCUCCCGAAGUGACAAUGGAAGUGACGAUGAAGAUGAAGAUGAGGAAUACGAUGAAGACGAAGAAUAUUGGGGAGAUGAGCAUGAGCAUGAUGAUGAUGAUUAUGAUGACUUGGGCCCUCCAGAGAGAGAGGUCGACGAACAAAGGCACACCUUAGGUGGCUCUGAAGUUACUUUCAAACUUUUCAUCCAAGACGAUGACGAGGGAUUCGACGACUGGAUGCACACUAUCCAUGUCCAUUGCAGCUCCGACGGCACGGAAAUUGGGAGAGCGUUUGGUAGCUUUGUGAAGCGAGAUCGCAUCACAGCUAAUUUCUGGCGGGAAACGGAGAAGCCGUGCCAAGAGCUCUCCAGUGUCGCUUUUGAGCUCUUUGACCGUUACGGCCGACUCAAUCGCGAGUUUGUCGACCAUACCGUUCGCAAAGGUUCUGGCUGUUGGGGAAGUGAGCUUGACGUUGGCUCCCUUUUCAUCAUCGAACAUGUACUAAUGGAAAGGGACUGGCGACGCAAAGGCGUGGGAAAGAAAAUGGUGGAGUCACUCAUUGCCAAAGCCAGCGCUGAGCAGAAAAUACCGGAGACUCUUGCCAGCAAUUCCAGUGCUGACGACAGAAGGGCGAAGUCGUUUUUGAACAAAAACGAUGACAAAGCAAACAAGCUCGCUUUUACUCUUGUAUCCCCCGGUUGGCUUAAUGGGGAUAUCAGUCAAGACCUCAUUGGGAAGACACCCCGCGAACAGCGAGAUAUUCAAUUCGCCGCCCACGAUAUCUCGGUGGCUUUCUGUCGCUCCAUCGGCUUCCGUCGAAUUGGGGCAUCGUCGUGCUUUGGUCUUGCUGUAGACCCGAAUCACGAAGCUCACAAAAUCUCCAUUAAUGUCGAUUACAACCCGGCUGAAGAGGAAGUAGAUGACGAGGACCUAGAGGCCUUACAUACAGCUGAUAAGGCGUUCUUUAGAGAAGAGGAGGAGCAUUCACUCCUUAUGGAACUACGUGAGUGCGUCAAACAUUACGAGGAGGUCAACAAACUUCCAAACGCCAAGGAAGAGUGGAAGAAGGUAGAUAAAAAGCUCAACACCGUAUUACACAUCGCAAGUUGUGAAUACAAGCUCAAAACAGUUGAAUGGCUCCUGAAAAAUGCCGACGUGUGCCAAACUCUAGGUUCUGCCAGGAACAUUAAAGGCUAUACAGCCCUUGAAGGAUUACAGAAUGUCCUCGAGGCAAAACGCACAACUAAGGAGCGUGGAAUGAUGACAAUCUGUAUCUCGGACCACUUUUCCGGCUUUCCCAUUGACGCUGUCAAUUGUCUCGCUGCCCUGCAAGGCAUCAAAGUCCCAAGUCAAAGCCAAUCACUCCGUCUAAAGUUUGGGUGCACCUGCGGACAAUGUGUCGACGGCUUCUUCUCUGUCCGAAUGAAGGAGGCCCUCCUGUCCAAGGCAGAGAUGUGCGCCGACAUGCUAGACGAAUACGAUGAUGGGCACUUCUGGGUUGAAAUGCAUAGAAAUUUAACACGUCACGUUGCCCCAGAUAUUCUGCAUAAUUUCAAAACCAACAGGUCCCUCCGCCACGGGUUUGUGAAUAUCUUUGGUCAUGCAGCGGAUGCCAUGCUCCGCGGCGCUACUCCCAGUGUGCAGAAUGUCCUAGAUGCCUGGAUCAAUUCUGGCGAGUGGCCACCGGUCACUGGGUCUUAUUUUCACAGGGGAGGCACUGCUGUAGAUGCAUUGCGCGUCAUGUUUGAAGCCGUUCGAGCUGAAGAUCACUGGGCGGGGAAUAAUAUCUUUGGGGUCGAUGAGGAGCUUGCGGCCCUACCACAUUGCCGGAAUGACCUUGAGUUUGGAAUGGUUGCUUUGAUGUGCGGGAUGCCCAAUUUGUGAUUGCGUCUGCUAUAGUGCCCCGACGAUGCUAUACGUUAUGUUACUUGUGAGGUGCCCGGUUUGUGAGCUACUGAGUCCCGAUAGUGCUAUGUGUUGCUCACCAAUUUGCUUUUGUGGAUGAGUUGCAGCUGGCUGGUAAACUCUUUUGGUGGAUAUUUUGCUGGUUGCUGAAGAUGAAUAGCUUACCUCUUUGUUGUUGUUUUGUUACCCCUAUAUUGUUGCAGCUUGGCUUUGUACUCGGGCAGGCAGUUGGAGAUUAUUAUUCGAGACGAG